AUGGGCAAUACUAAACACUUUGAAGCCCAUGGAGUUAGGCCUGGUCGAGGUGGGCUGAGAUCUUUCAUUAUAAAUCCAACAAGUGCAUCUGAUGGUCUUAAAAGGGCUAUCCAAGAUUCGCUCGAUGACGAUUCGGUGAGGUGUGAUGACAAUGCCGAUGACCACAAGCGAAAUUCUGCCAUGGGUUCUAAGUCGAAUGGAUCAAAAAGAGUGGAAAUGGAUUCGGAUUUAGUUGUGAGAGGCAGGGAUGACGGGGAUGAGAUUUUCAUAGAAGACUUUGGCAAUGAAGCCAAAGAUGAACAAAGAACGAUGGCUUUGGAUAUGAAAAGUAGAUUCAACAACUACGAGACUCAAGUUUCAAGUUUGAAUGAAAUGAAUCAUAGAGGAAUAGAGGCAGAAUAG